AUCAAGAGCAACAUUUCGACAACACUUAUUUAAUCGUUUUUAAGAAAAGUUAUACAUCUAUUUAAGUUAAUUAUUUCGUCAACACAUAGUUAAACAUGUCGGAACCAAGUGCUACUCCAAGACGUGAUGAAAAUGAUACUCAACAAAGUUCUGUGGAUACGCCAAUGAGAAAUCCACCAUCAGUUUCUUCAGCUAGAACGCCGUUAAAUGAAGGAUCAGCUACUCCACAUCAUAUGAAUGCCUCUGAAUUCGAUCUAAACUCACCACUUAAUUAUGGAACCCCUAGUUCCAUAGGAUCAAUCAGAACACCUCAUUCAGGCAUCCAGAAUACUCCAUUAAAGGUACGACCUGAUAUUCGGAUUGAUAAGCGAAUUCGAACCGUUAAUGUUGGUGGAUUGGAUACAAUAUCGGAAGUAGAUUCUCAAUCUGAAAGUGGAGCAACGAAUACACAAUCAGCACAGCUGCUUGUGUGGGGAACGAAUGUCGUCAUUAGUGAAUGCAAGCUAAAGUUUAAGAAUUUCUUAAUGCGGUACAUUGAUCCAGAAAUUGAGCAGGAUGAAGUUGAGGAAGGAAUGAAUUUGAAUGAGCCACUAUAUUUGCAGAAAUUGGAUGAAGUAAACUCUCUUGAAGAACCCUUUUUAAAUGUCAAUUCUGCUCAUUUGAAAAUGUUUGAUGAACAGCUUUACAAUCAACUUAUUUGCUAUCCUCAAGAAGUCAUUCCAGCAUUUGAUAUGGCUACGAAUGAAAUCUUCUUUGAGAAAUAUCCUGCAGCUGUUUUAGAGCAUCAAAUUCAAGUACGUCCAUUUAAUGCUGAAAAGACACGCAACAUGAGAGCAUUAAAUCCUGAAGAUAUUGAUCAAUUGAUUUCUAUAAGUGGAAUGGUUAUUCGUUGCUCCAAUAUAAUUCCUGAAAUGCGUGAAGCAUUCUUUAAGUGUAUUGUCUGUUCAUUUACAACAUCUGUAGAGAUUGAUCGAGGCCGCAUUCAGGAGCCAAGUUUAUGUACGCAUUGUAAUACAAAUCAUUGUUUCCAAUUGAUUCAUAAUCGGUCACAUUUUACUGAUAAACAACUUAUAAAACUUCAAGAAUCUCAAGAAGACAUGGCAGCUGGUCAAACACCACACAAUAUCCUUUUGUUUGCAUACAACGAUUUAGUUGAUAAAGUACAGCCUGGUGACCGAAUUACAAUCACUGGAAUUUAUAGAGCAAUUCCAAUUCAAGAAAAUCCACGCCAAAGAACAGUAUCAUCGGUUUAUAAGACACACAUUGACGUUGUACAUUUUCGCAAAUUGGAUAAGAAACGCUUGUACGAGUCGGAAGAUGGUAAAGAACAUUUAUUUUCGCCGGAAAGAAUUGAGCUUAUGCACACAUUAUCACAAAAGCCGGAUGUUUAUGAGAGAUUAGCUCGCACCAUUGCUCCCUCGAUUUAUGAGAAUAUUGAUAUUAAAAAGGGUAUUCUAUUGCAACUUUUUGGUGGAACUAAGAAGAAGCAUUCGGUUGGUGGACGACAAAGCUUCCGUUCCGAAAUUCAUAUUCUUUUAUGCGGAGAUCCUGGCACAUCUAAAAGUCAACUGCUUCAAUAUGUAUUCAAUUUAAUUCCUCGCUCUCAAUAUACUUCCGGAAAGGGAUCAUCUGCGGUCGGUUUAACUGCUUACGUUACACGCGAUCCUGACACUCGUCAAUUAACUCUUCAAACUGGUUCUCUUGUUUUGGCUGACAAUGGUAUUUGUUGUAUUGAUGAGUUUGAUAAAAUGAGUGAUUCAACGAGAAGUGUAUUGCAUGAAGUCAUGGAACAAUCAACUCUUAGUAUUGCAAAAGCUGGUAUUAUUUGCCAGUUGAAUGCACGAACAUCAAUUUUAGCAUCAUGUAAUCCCUCUGAAUCGCAAUGGAAUAAGAAUAAAACAAUCAUUGAAAAUGUCAACUUGCCUCAUACGCUGAUGAGUCGUUUUGACUUGAUAUUUUUAAUUUUGGAUCCACAAGAUGAACUUUUCGAUAAACGUCUCGCCACGCAUUUGGUUUCUUUAUAUUAUGCAGGCAACAAGGAAGAUGAAGACACAUUAUUCGAUAUGGGAGUAUUAAGAGAUUAUAUUGCGUAUGCACGUGAGCACGUUCAUCCAAAAUUGACAGAUGAAGCACAACAAAAAUUGAUUCAAUGCUAUGUGGAUAUGCGUAAAAUUGGCUCAGGACGAGGACAAAUUUCAGCCUAUCCUCGUAAGUAUUCUCAAUCAUUCUCAUACACUAUUUUGUGGGAAGAAGCUCUUUAUUCAAACCGUAUGGUCUAUAUUUAACAUUAAUCAUUUCUAUUAUACUGCAACGGCAGGCAGUUGGUUUUUAAAUCUAGCAAUAACAUUCUUAUUCUUCAGGAUAAAGUUAAUACAAGAGAUAUAAAAAUGUUAACACGUAAACAUUAGAAUUUGACUAAACUAACAUUGAAUGGUCACUUAUUCAAGAAACUAUUAAUAAUAAAGAUCAAACAUCUCUCUAGGUCAACUUGAAAGCUUGAUUCGUUUGGCAGAAUCUCAUGCGAAAGUUCGAUUGAGUCAAAAAGUUGAACUUGUUGAUGUUGAUGAAUCGUGGAGAUUGUAUCGAGAAGCUUUGAAGCAGUCAGCAACUGAUCCUCAUUCAGGUAAAAUUGAUGUUGGUAUUUUGACCACUGGCUUGUCAGCUACAGCCCGAAAGAAGAGAGCAGACUUAAUUGCAUUUAUCAAGGAUAUGUUGAAGAAAAAGAACAAGACUAAAACCAUUCCAUAUCAAAAGUUCCUUUCAGAUGUUAAGGAAUCGUCUCCAGUAUUGAUCACGCGCGAACAGUUCGAAGAUGCUCUUAAAGAAUUGCAAGACGACGGUGUUGUAACUGUCAUGGGAAAUACAAUUCGUGUUUGUUAAGGUUCAAAUUAAAUAUUAAGUUUAUUCUCUAAUAUUCAUUGUUAAGUUAAUAUUGUUUUCUUUUACAUCAUUCUCAACCAUAAAAUUCAAUAAAUCAGGCACACAUUUCAUGCUUUCUCAUUAUCAAUUAUACAUUAAACCAGUGUAAUAAAG